AUGUGGCUUGCGGUGGUUUGGUUUGGUUCUUUGGCCAGUACUUCUGGGUCAUUCAAGGUGCUAUCCGACACGAAUGCCAACAAGUCGUUCGAGGCAUCAGCAUAUGAUGUCGACACGGAAGACACGAACAGCCGGUAUGGGUGGCCAUCAGUCGCACUCUGGAGUCCAGCGGCCAAGCGCUUCUUAGCAAUGAACAAGAACAAGAAAGCCAUGACUGCUACAGCUCGCGCCAGCCCCCUCGAUUUGCCCUUUCACUGGACGUAUGAGCGCUUCAUCGUCGUCGACGCCGGCGGUGGGAAGGUCGCUUUUCACAACUCCGUGAACAAUCGGUUCAUCAAAAUGCACAACAAGAUGAUGCUAAGCCCUAUCAAGGCUGCGAGAGACCUGCCGAGCAAGUGGGAUAAGGAGCGAUUUCAGGUCGUCGAUGCAGGAGACGGGAUGAUUGCCCUGCACAGCCCCACCAACAAUCGCUUCGUCACGAUGGAUAAGAAUGGACAUGUCCGAGCGAGUUCGAAGAAGAGUGCGAAUGCUCUGCCGGCAAACUGGAACCUGGAGCGCUUCUAUGCAGUGCCCGCAAGGCCCUGGAUUGAGGCUGGCUCCGUCGUUGCCCUGCACAGCAAGAAGCACAAUCGAUGCAUUCGCAUGACGAAGGAUAGGAUGGAGACAACGAAGACUGGCAAGAACAUUCCCAAAAAUUGGCCCCGAGAGAUAUUCACGGUCGUGGAUGCCGGUAAUGGCAUGGUUGCGCUUCACAAUGCUCACAGCAACCGCUUCGUGUCCAUGAGAGACAAAGGGAUGGGCACCACCCCCGAGAAGGCUGCCAAUGCACUGCCCAGUAAGUGGGGAUGGGAGCGUUUUGUCGUUAUUCCGACCAAGCCCCAAGAGAAUGAGAUCGCGUUGUGGCAGCCUGAUCACAAUC